AUGUCUCUGCUCCAAGUACCGUCGAGUAAACAGGAAGAGAUGAUAAAGCAGGAACUUGGGGAGAAUCCCGGUGAUAUUGAGAGGGGCGUGAUAGAUCUCCGGAGUAUGUGUGCUGCCAACCCUCAUCUGCCACGACCGGAUACUAUUGAUAACCAUAUAUUCAAAGUAUUUAUCCGCGGGUGCAGGAUGGACUUUGAGCGAGCAAGAAAUAAAUUUGAAGCGUUUUGCUACGCACGAUGCCGCUACAGAGACCUAUAUAUUCACCGGUCACUCAAUGAACCUCCACUCAGCGAUGUCGCAAAAUUCUUGGAUAUAGUACCUCUUCCGAAGCUGACUGAUGAAGGUCUGCGAGUAACAAUCUUUAGAGUACGACCAGGAUAUCCUGAAAGCGCUGUUGACAUCACAUCGGCUGUAAAGGCAAUCCUACUCAUCUCUGAUACAAGGCUGUUUGACGAAAAACUUAUAUUAGGAGAUGCAUUUAUUUGGGAAGCGAGCAACGUCCGUGCUUCAAUGGCGGCAUAUGUAGCGGGUGGUGCGAACGCAAUCCGCCGUAGCAUAUACUUAGCUCAGGGCGCGUAUCCGCAGCGUAUGCGCAGAAUACACGUAGUGGGCGCGGCUGGCCUUGUCGGUUCUUCUUUGAACCUUAUGAGGUCUUGUGUCAACGAAAAAGUUCGCAAUCGGUAUUAUCUACACAACAAGAUAGAGGAGCUGUUGGACCACUUCCCAGCUCGCAUAUUGCCGAUGGAAUGGGGUGGCGAGGAAGAAUCAUUUGACGUGCUGACAAAAAAAUGGCGGCAACGCGUAGAAGAAGUUAGGGACUACCUUCGUAAUUUUAACGAACUUUGCCAAGUUGCGCCCGAACCGAAAUACGACAAUGAUAUUUAUGGAACCGCCGGCGCGUUUAGAAAACUUGAAAUCGAUUAA